AUGGAGUCUUCACAACAAUUUUUUCCACCACCUCCCCCUGAAAUUCCUCCGAAUGUUGUUCCGAUCCGAAUCCAACCAAUUACGAGCGUGAAGCCGACGGUGGGCCCCACAAUUGGCCCUCGACCGGGUUUUAAUGGCAAACGAGUUCAUAUAAUAACGAACCAUUUCAAAGUUUCCAUUUCGAGUUCUGUUGAUGACUUCUUUCACUAUGAUGUAUUGAUCUCGUACGAAGAUGGCCUUGAAGUUACUAAGAAAAGUACUAAGAUGUCCGUGAUCGAGCAACUCUGCGAAACUUAUAAGUCCGAACUCGAUGGGAAAGCGUUCGUUUUUGAUAGAACUCGAAGCUUGUUCACGCCUGGUCCCUUGCCGCAGAACAAUUUAGAGUUUUCGGUCGUUCUGAAUCAUGUCUCGGCAAAAGGAACAAAUGAGAAUGAUAGCAAGAGGCAGAGGCUCGUGUCUCGUUUGACAAUGUUUAAAGUGCAAAUGAAGUUCGUCUCAAGAAUACCGAUGAAGUCCCUUAUUGAAUCGAAAUUCGGUGGAUAUGUUAGUGGCUUGAGAGUCUUGAAUACCAUUUUGCAGCAGCUAGCAUCAAAACGGGGAUGCCUUGUUCUUCGCCAAUCUUUCUUCGAAAACGGGACGAACAAUUUCAUAGACUUAGGUGGCGGUAUUCUUGGUUGUCGAGGGUUGUUUUCGAGCUUUAGAGCUUUACAAGGUGGAUUGUAUUUGAAACAUGAUGUAUCCAUAACGACAGUCAUACAGCCGGGCUCGGUGAUUGACUUUCUUGUUAAACACCAAAAUGUGAAAAACCCCGGCAAACUAAAUUGGAAUGAGGCUAGCCGAACUUUGAAGAGCUUGAGGAUAAAGGUGAAACACUUGCCGAACGAGUUCAAAAUCACAGGACUGAGCGGAAAACUAUGUAAAGAACAGAAAUUUACUCUCACGCUGGGAAAAUCGAAUGAUGGUGUGGUUCGAACUAUUGAGACUACAGUUUAUGAUUAUUUUGUGUGUACGCGUGGCAUUCAGCUGAGUUUUAGUGCAAAAAUGCCCUGCAUCAAUACUGGGAAGCCUCAUAAACCGACUUUCUUUCCGAUUGAGCUUUGUUUUCUGGUUCCUUUACAGCAGAACAAGAAAGAACUAACCGUUAAUCAGAAAUCGGCCAUGAUCACAAAAUGCAGACAGAAGCCAGAGGACUUCAUUAAGGUUUUGAGUGAUGAUGUAAAAAGACUUAAACUUGAAGAUGAUCCAUUGUUGCAAUCUUGUGGCAUAUCAAUCAACAAUUCCUUCGUUCAAGCUGAAGGCCGUGUUCUUACUGCCCCACGAUUGCGAAUGGGAAAUGCAGAGGUUAUCACUCCUAGAAAUGGCUGGUGGAACAUCAAAGAUAAGAAAUUCUUGGAGCCAAAACGACUCGAAAACUGGGUCAUAGUGAAAUUCUCUUCUUCUUGCGACGUGAGGAAAAUGUGUGGAGAGUUAGCCAGAAUUAGCUCGGCUAAAGGAAUGGUUAUAAAUCCGCCUUUAUGCGUUUUUGAAGAAAAUCUGAGACAUGCGAAGAAGUCACCUUCUGUACGUGUGGAUAUGAUGUUCGACCAGAUACAUUCGAGACUUCCAAAAAGUCCACCUCAGUUUAUUCUCUGCCUCCUUUCUGAUAAGAAAUUUUCAGACAUAUAUGGUCCAUGGAAAAGGAAGACUAUCGUCGAGUUUGGAAUUCGUGACCAAUGCGUUGCAAGUAGUAAAAUCGACGAGCUUUAUCUGAUGAACAUUCUCAUGAAGAUAAAUGCAAAGCUUGGAGGGUUCAAUCAUACCGUGAAUUCUGAAAUAACACGAAGCGUCCCUUUGGUUAGUAAGAUCCCGACUAUGAUCCUCGGGAUGGAAGUUUCUCAUUCGUCUCCCGGGCGAAUAAAUUCGCCUUCAAUUGCCUCCGUUGUUGGCUCGAGAGAGUGGCCGAAAAUUUCGAGCUAUAGAGCAAGCAUUCGUAUGGUUCCAGCAAGAACUCAUAUGAUAGAUUCGCUUUUUAAGCCGAUGGAGCUUCUGGUAGAAUUCUAUGCAACAUCUGGGCAGAUAAAACCAGCACAAAUAGUAAUAUUCAGGAAUGGAUUGAGCACAUCACAGUUUGAUCAAAUGCUGGAAGUGGAAAUGGGACAGAUUUUCAAGGCCUGUGACUUUCUCGAGGAAAAAUGGCGCCCCAAGUUCACAGUGAUUGUCUCACAGAGACAUCACCACACCAAAUUCUUCGAUGCUAAUUCAAAAGCCAACAUCUCUCCUGGAACUAUUGUUGACAGCAAAGUUUGUGAUCUCGACUGCAAUAAUUUCUACGUGUGUGCUCAUGCCGCGAGAAUAGGGACUUUGCGACCAACUCAUUACCAUGUCCUGUUAGAUGAGAUAGGUUUCUCAUCAGAUGAUCUUCAGGAGUUCAUUCAUUCCUUAUCAUAUGUUUUCCAGAGAAGCAACAACACGAUUUCUGAAGUUGCUCCUGUUAGAUACGCACGAUUAGCAGCAGCUAAGAUAUCACAGUUGAUCGACUAUGACAAGGUGCUGAGCACAGGGUAUCAACUGCCAAAAGUGCACAAAAACAUGUCGUCUUCAAUGUUCUUCAUCUGA